AUGCUCGCCGUCCGGCAGCCUCCCAGCAGGAUGGGUUCGUCGCAGCCCGAUUCCGAUCCUUUCCAGAUGCCCUUCGGAUAUUCCGUCGAUGGCAACCAAGAACCUCUAUUCGAUGCUCCCGAGCCUGCGCCCGGCGCUCCCUUGCUGAGCGAAACCGAUAGCAAGUUUCUCAGUGAUUUCUUCGAUGACAUGACAGCAAAUCAGUACAACAUGCCCUCUUUCGGAGAGGGUCUGAAUUACAAUGCCUGGUUCGACCUACCGCCCCAGUUGAUGGGAACAGCAACUUCCUAUGGAUCUCAUCCACAUAUGGGCAUAUCUGGAUCACAUCUAAUGCCACCGCCACCACCUCCACCCUCUCAGCCAAACGCUUACCAACAACACCCCUCCGAUGAUGUUUUGAACGCCGCCGCCACGUUGAUGCAAAAUGGACCCGGUAUGCGUGGAGGUCACAAGAACAACGACUCAUCUACCCCGCGGCGGCCCCUUGGUCCUCCAGUCGGUCACCUCCGCCACCAGGGUUUGGAAGAGUUCAGAGAAGAGAGCCGUAAAGGCAUGGCGCACACGGAGAUUGAUAAUACCUUUACAGAAUGGAUGUGGGGGUCGGGUUCCAAAGGACGUCAGCAUUCGACCACACGGGCCAUCCCCGUGGAUUAUCAAUGGGGCUCUGAUUCCAACUUUAACCUUGCCCAGGGCUAUACACCCGGAGAGAAUAAGGAAACGGUCGAGACUCAGCAUCAGGAGCAGCUCAAGUGCCUCGAGUGUUUGGAACCCAACCAGAGCGCUGCAACAACUCGUCCUAGCAGCCCUACCAACAGCCAGUCUACGUUCCCGAUAAGCUUACAUAGAGAUACAUCAGAGUCCGCGGAGAGACCAGACGAUGACGACGAUGCACCCCCUCGCAAGAGACGGAAGAGCAAAAUCAAGAAGGACAGUACAGAGGAAGGCGAGGAUCAAAGCACUAACGGGAGCAAGACUGCCGCCGCCAAGCGAAGAAAAGCAAAGGGCGAUCGGAAUGGGUCCAUCUCGUCGCCACCCAUGGAAGUCGGCAUGGCGGGCAAGCGACGGAAGUCAGCCCUGAACGGAGUCAAGCCACCGCGCGAAAACCUGUCGGAGGAGCAAAAGCGAGAAAACCAUAUCCGCAGCGAACAAAAGCGCCGAACCCUUAUAAAAGAAGGGUUUGAUGACUUGUGCGAAAUUGUUCCCGGACUCAACGGGGGAGGCUUCAGCAAGAGCACAAUGUUGACCAUGACGGCAGACUGGCUAGAAGAACUCCUGGUGGGGAAUAGGGACCUGACUGCUCAGCUCGCUGCCCUCGAAGGACGAUGA